UUUCUUCAGCUUACAGAUGCAGCUAAAGGAGGCAUUCAAAGCUGCUGAUAUAAACCAUGGGGCGUGAUUAAAUCGAACUGAAAUAAAAAAUUCAACGAAUUGAUAUAAAUUAGUGAUACAUAUUUAUGUAUAUUGAAGGAUGUGCAAAUAUCACUAAAUCAAUAAAAUAGUGUCCUCUGAGUGUCAUAAAUUUUAAAAAGUGUGUAACUAAAUAAAAAGAAAUUCGGUUUUGAAAAGUUUAGUGAGUGUUUUAAAAAGAUAAAAGCAGAAAUAAAAGUGAUUUUUAGCGCUAAUGUAACACCAAUACCCCUCGGUUUUUCUGUAUGCAUGUACGCACAUACAUACAUAUGAAGUAAAAUCAGUACAGUCAACAUACAGCCGGCAGCAGCAAAAUGAAUUGCCUCUGUCGACCAUCGCGUAUUAUGUCCGUGCGGAUAAAUCUGCUGGACGAAACAGAUUUUAUACAUGAAAUAAAGGAUGAUUUACCGGGCCAAGCAUUGUUGGAUGUUGUUUUUGCCAGACUUAAUUUAAUCGAAACUUCAUAUUUUGGCAUACGCUAUAUUGACGAGGAGAAUCAGACGCAUUGGCUCGAUCCAGCGUCCCGGAUAUCACGCCAACUUAAGCCGAAAGUGGAUCCGUAUGAUUUAUAUUUCGGUGUUAAAUUCUAUGCAGCUGAUCCGUGCAAGCUACUCGAAGAAAUUACGAGGUAUCAACUCUUCUUACAAGUGAAACAGGAUGUAUUACAAGGCAGACUACCAGUCGCUUUCGAAUUGGCUGCAGAGCUGGGCGCAUUCGUAGUGCAAUCUGAAUUGGGUGAUUACGACCAACGACGCCACUCCAAAGGCUAUGUGUCCGAGUUUCGUUUGCUGCCGAAUCAGAGUAGCGAACUGGAAACACGUGUCGCUGAACUUCAUCAGCAAUUAAAGGGCAUGUCACCGGCGACGGCGGAGCUAAAUUAUUUAGACAAAGUCAAAUGGCACGAUAUGUAUGGCGUGGAUCUGCAUCCGGUGCUGGGCGAGGACAGCGUCGAAUAUUUUCUGGGUCUGACGCCAAGUGGUAUUGUGGUGCUGCGAAAUAAGACGACUGUGGCUCAUUACUAUUGGCCGCGUAUUGCCAAAGUUUACUACAAAGGACGCUACUUCAUGCUACGGAUAAGCGAUAAAAAUAAUGAGCUCAGCACUUAUGGCUUUGAAACGCCACGCAAAUCUGCUUGCAAACAUUUGUGGCGCUGCUGUGUGGAACAUCACGCCUUCUUUCGUAUGGUGCGCAUUGCGCCAUUGCCGAAUUCGCAGUCGAAUAAUUCGGAUUUAUUUCAACUUGGCUCGCGUUUUCGUUACAGCAAUCGUUCCGAGAAGCAGCCAUCAGCAAAGGAUGCCCUCUCCUUGGGCCGCAUACCGCCAGCGUUCACACGUGUCCCAUCCAAACGACAGCCAAGACGCGUGAUUGAUGACUUUCUAAGCGGCAGCAGGAGCGCCAACAACGCCCUGAAUGGCAUCGGUGUCGGUCAUACGGGCAGCAGCGUUACCGAUGGCGGUGGUGGCGGCGGCGUUAGCGUUGGCAGUUAUUACAAUGGCGGUGGCGUCGGAGCGGGAUUGCAAACGGCCAGCAUGAUGCCAAACAACAACUACGAGAGUCCCUACCGCUCCACCUACAGCAUACCAACGAGCCUCGGCAUACGACCCUACCAUCAGCAGUCGCAUUUAGGCAGCAACGGUGGUGGCAGCGUCUGCAAUAGUAAUUUGCAAACACCUGAUUCGCCGCGCAGCACGCGCAGCGCUCCAUGGCCACGUUCCCAGCAGCGCUCACUAUUUGGCAAUAAUCCCUCAAGUCCGCGGUCGGUACGAUCGGCCAUCGCAACAGGUGGCAGUAGCGGUGGUGGCGGUGGAGGUAGCGGCUCGCAUCAUCACCAUCAACACCACCAUCAUAAUCAGUCCGGCUCAGCGUCGCAGAAUCGACAGUCAUCGCAUUCGGCGCAUCGCGAUCACGUCUCUUCAUCUUCAGCAUCGGCUCAUCAGCAACGUUAUCGCUCGAGUUCGGUGGAGAGUCAUUCAUCAAACGAUUCACGUUCGACGCGCAGGCAUAGGCAUCGUCAUCGGCGUACAUCCGAUAAUGAGAGCGAAUUAUCGCGUGGAUCUGGCCGUUCAGGUCGUUCGCAUCAUCGCAAGCAUCGGCGUUCGCGUCAUCGUCGUGACUCAGCCGGUUCUGAUCAUGAGAGCACGCGCGGUCGCAGCUAUUCGGGACAUCGUUCGUCUUCGGUGCGCAGCGGUUCGGCGGAGCUAAUCGAUUCCACAUCACAAUGGCGCGAAGUGCAACGCCGCCAAGCCGAAGCUAGUCUGGGUCAAAGUUCCGUGCAGCAAGCGUCAGUGUCGAAGAGUAGUAUGGUGGCGCGCAGUCUGCACAGCAACGACAGUCAUUCGGAUACACACUCGCAUCACAAAUCGCGGCGACACCGUAAGAAUAAAUCUCCAUCUGAUUCGCGUAAUCGCGUUUGGUCAAGCGAACUGGCGAAGCAUUUGCAAUUCGAUCUGGUCGAUACGGCCGGCAUGACUGAGGAUCAACUACGCGAAAUACCCUACACAGUGGUGGAGACAAACUCGAAACGUUCAACAAUGAAUAUGAAGAUCCACAAGAGCGGCAGCAAGGGCAGCGUGGGUGGCAAAAGCACCGGUUCGGGUAAUACUUUAACGAAUGGCAGUAGCUCGACUGGUGGACAGGGAAAGAAUCGUGUGGAUCGCAUUAGAGG